AUUAUUUUUAUUGCCAUUUGACCGGUACCUUUUAACAAAAGAACGGUCAACCGAAAGGUUGAAAUUUAAGGUCUUUUUCUUAUUCAUUAUCUUCAAUACGCCACAGGUUUAAACAUUACAUCCCCUCUCUUUUCUGAAUUUUCCUAUUUAAAAAUUUUUCCCUUCGUCUCGUCAAACUCAUUUGACCAUCGUCAGUCCUUCAGUACGGACCCAUACUUGUUUAAUUUUCAUUUUUUUCAUCUUAGAAAUACUUUACUUCUUCGAGUCUCUGUUGACUGUCGUCAGUACUGUCGCAAUACGGGCGCAGCAUAUCUAUCUAAUCUUCAUUUUUCGUUCAUCGAGUUUAGAAACGGUUUAUUAACAAAAUGUUCGAUCAAAUAUCCGAGAUUAAGAAGAGUAAUUUGGAGAAAGAAUUCAGAUACGUGUUUUUUUGAAAAUUCGAUAGAUAAUAGAAAGAGAUUAAGUAGGAGAGGAGAAGAGUGCAAGGAAAGAUUCUAUAAGGAGACAAAAAAAGUUGUUUUUGUUAGUGUAGUGUGUGGAAUCUCUCGUAGAAAGGUGUACUAACAGUCCUGUCAGAAAGAUGAGUAGAAGAAUAAUAAAAGAAGUAUUAAAAGUUAAAGAGGAAGAAGUACAAAUGAAAGAAGAGAGACAAGAAGAAGAAGAAGAAGUACAGAUGAAGGAAGAAGUAGAAGAAGUACAGAUGAAGGAAGAAGUAGAAGAAGUACAGAUGAAGGAAGAAGUAGAAGAAGUACAGAUGAAGGAAGAAGUAGAAGAAGUACAGAUGAAAGAAAAAGUAGAAGAAGUACAGAUGAAAGAAGAAGUGGAAGAAGUACAGAUGAAAGAAAAAGUAGAAGAAGUACAGAUGAAAGAAGAAGUAGAAGAAGUACUGAUGAAAGAAGAAGUAGAAGAAGUACAGAUGAAAGAAGAAGUAGAAGAAGUACAGAUGAAAGAAGAAGUAGAAGAAGUACAGAUGAAAGAAGAAGUAGAAGAAGUACUGAUGAAAGAAAAAGUAGAAGAAGUACAGAUGAAAGAAGAAGUAGAAGAAGUACUGAUGAAAGAAGAAGUAGAAGAAGUACAGAUGAAAGAAGAAGUAGAAGAAGUAGUGAUGAAGGAAGAAGUGGAAGAAGUACAAAUGCAAGAAGAGAGAGAAGUAGUAGUAGUACUGGAGGAGGUGGAGAUGGAGGAGGAAAAAGAAAAAAUAUUAAUAAUAAUAAAGGAAGAAAUAGAAAUAGAAAUAGAAAUACAACUAGAAGCAGAAGAGCUAGAGGAAGUGGAAAUAUACCUAAAAGUAGAAGUAGAAGAAGGGGAGGGCGAAGUUCGCAUUAUCUGGCGGAUUUCUUGCGGAUACAAUUUCCCAACACAAUUUUCUUUUCAGUCGAAUCCACCGGCCGCGUUGGGCGGCUGGAUGUGGGUGGCAAAUGGCAAAGUGAUAGAGUGAGAGAACGAGCAAGCGAGCGAGCGAGCGAGGGGAUGGCGGCAAAGAUGGAGGGAGAGUAGUGCAGCCCAUAUUCGUGCAUUGUGGCACGUUCCAUCGCGUUCUCAACUGAACUGAACUCGACUCAACAGUGGAGGACACAAUGGGCGGUAUGAAUAAGUAUAACAGACAGACACCGGUACAGACAGACACAGGUAGCUCGGGCCGCAGUAUGUGAAUGAGGAACCCAUUUGAUAACACGCCUCCACAGCCACCCAGGUCCAUUGUGUCGCUUCCUAUUCAGCUGCUCUAUGCCCUCUUCUCCUCCUAUCCCCGUUCCCUCUGACUCCUGUGGCCCACCCCUCCAUCACCACCUCCUCCUCCCUUCCUCCUUUCUCCCUUCUUUUCCUCCCACUCCUUUUCCGUUUGCUAUCAUCGCGGAAAUCUUGUCCUAUCUGUCCUACGUUCGCGUUACGCACGUCUCCCUCUGAAGAAGGAGAAGAAGAAAAAAAGAAAUAAACGCCU